GCGGAGACGAUCGUCGUGCGUUUUUCUUGUUUGACGUACAAAAUCAAACAGAAUCGAAACAGAUCACAAAUUGGAAUUUGAGAGCAAACACGCAAGACCGUGCACAUUCUUGUUGGCACAUGAAAACGACAAAAAUUUGCAUAAGGCAAAGACAAGUCGCGGUGAUUAAGUUAACCCACUUUCUAAACGAAAUAACAAAGCAAGAAAAAAAAAAACACAACAACCACAAAAAUCGACAAAAAAAUAAAUAACGACACAAAUAUUUACGACCAAUAAUGUUAAGUAAAUAAUAAUGUGCAAGUGAUUCAUAAAGAAAUCUUGAUUUUGUUUUCCUCCUUUACGUCGGGCAUAUCGAAUUCUAACUAAAAGUGAACCGGCCAAUAACAACAACAAAAACAACGACAACAAAAGUGCAAAAGAAGAAAAAGUUGACUUGUUACGGUACGAAAACGCAUUGAAAACGAUACCAAUUCCAAGACCGAGACCGAGACGCGCUGCACGUCCCGUCGGUCGUCCGCGCUGGCAGUAAAAACCGCAACCAAAACUAACAACAACAAACUGCAGGGCGUCUCUGAAAGCGACACCAACAACAACAACAACAGUCAGAGGCCUUCCCUUUCUGUGGCUGAGCCUUUUGCCAAUCGACGUCUUAAAACGAGUUAACAACGUCAACGUAAACGCGCUCAAUACUUGAACUGCCAAAUCGUGCCCAGCAACAACAACAACAACAACAACAACAGCCAGACAAAGUUGGUCAGCUUAAAAGCCAAGUUAAAAGGUUCUCAGACCAUUUUCCUUCUUGUACGCCAUAAUUCAUAAUUUGUCUGUGGGGCGCGACGAAAGCAGCCAAAACAGCAAAAUUUUUAGCACCUUUUAAAAAACUCGCCGGUCGGUCACAGUUUCGCAUUUCACAAAACAUACCUACAUACAUACAUACAUCAUAUAUACACACGUAUACAUACAUACAAAAUAAUAAACAACACAAACAAACAUAAGCUCACAAUUUCUUUGGAUAAUUAUUACGCGCAUAUUUCGUGUUUGCUGACUUGGUGAAAAUCUUUUUCCACGAUAUUGUUUAACAGCGGAACGACGACGACUUUAAGGCGUGCUGCGAGGAAAGUUUAACGAGUUUCCAUUGAUUUUGUGUGCGCAGCGCUAAAUUGAAAGCCAGACAGCACGUGAGAAUAUGGCCUAAAAUUGUCAGCAGCAGCAAGAGCAACAGCAAUCACUAGAAAGCAGCUUAGCACCAUGUCAUCGUCCAUUUGUUCACAUUUCACGCAGAAUGCAUGGAAGAAGGAUCUAUGCUCGAAUUGUUUCAAGUCCAAGGACGAGCACAAGGCAGCAGCCACCGCACAAGGCUCAAAACUAGGUGGCAGCUCCGUCUACUCGCACAAGUCAGACACACACACAAAGACUGAUUAUCCGAACAAACACAAGAUGCCGGCCAAGAGCAUUAUCAAGAAAGCCUUCGGCGUGCGUCUCGGUACCAGCAGCAGCAGCAAGUCAAACUCUAGCAGCAGCUCGAGCAGCUCCAGCAAAUCGGGCAGGGUCUGCUUUCCCAAGCAGCUGCACGAGAUCAUUGGCUAUGGCGGCGAGUGGUCCGAUGGCGAUGAUGACGACGACGAUCAUGACUUCAUGAACCUGGGCAAUGAGCACGAUGAUAUGGCCAUCACCGAGACCGACGAUGAGGAGACGGUGGAGCUAAAACGCAUCACGCGCGCCAACACAGACUUCAACAUGAACAACGGCAACUUGCUGGGCAAUGCAGAGGACAAUAUAAAGAAGUCGUUCGCAGCCCUCAAGCUGGGGGCCCCACAAGUGGAUAAGGAGGGCAAGAAGCAGACACUGAAAAUCAAUGUGAUGCCUUUCGGGCAACCCAUAUCGACCAAGGCUCCAGCGCCAGCCAAGACAGGCAACCCAGAGAGCAAGAACAAGAUAACAAUUACAGCCUCAACCACGGCAACGACAACAACAACGUCGGUCAAGGCCAAGCAAGCCACCACCACUACGUCCAUAAAGAGCACAACUUCAACAACAGGGACAGGCACAACCACCAAGAAAGUAACUACAACAUUGACGCCCACACUCAGCAUGCCCAGCAGCAGCUGCUCAACGAAAUCCACGCCCUCACGCGAUGGCAAGGAUAGUCCGCCCAUAGAGCGCGCCAUGGAGAAGUCGCUGCUCGAUGAAAUAUCCGAGACGCUGGAGCAGAAGCAGAACGAGUCCAAGCAGCGUGCGGCCACAGCGGCAACAACAACAUCGACUUCUACAACAACGAGCAGCAGCAGCAGCAGCAACAGCAGUAAAAUAAAAUUUGAGCUUAGCUCGCUGAGCGAAUCGCUGGAAACGAAGCCAUUUCUCGACCUUAAGAAGCCCAUUGCGCGAAACGCGCCCAUAACCAAGGACCAUGCCAAGCCCAAAGUGAAUGUGUGCCACAAAUAUUGCGACACCGAUAGCAACUGCUCGGACACGGAGAACGGUGUCUCAGCCUACUACGAUGUGGUCGAGACGCAGCUCAGCUAUGAGAACUUGCCCGAUGGCAAGUACAGUAAUGUUGCCAAUGGGGUCCAGGGCGUGGUGUCACAAACAGAGCCGGACACGUCGCACUAUUCCAGCUCGCAGUACAUAACAGACAUGCUGCUUAGCUCCAAGACCAGAGCGGCCAGCUAUAACCUGCACGAGGGAAACUUUAUGACCAGCAAGAUAACCUCGGACGGUCUGAUUGUGACAAAGUGCAGCUCAGAUGAUGCCCUCGACUCGACGGGCAGCAGCUUCGAUGGCAGCUCGGACGAGGAGAAUGCCUACAACAUGAUACGCAGCGAAUCGGACUCGGGCAUAGGCAUUAGCAUAGGCAGUGAGUACAAGAAUCUGGCAACCAAUGGCGGCGGAGUAGGAGCUGCCAAUGAGAAACGCCUGCAGGUGGAGAAAAAGCUGAGCGCCAGCACAAACAAUUCCGACUAUGAGGACAUACAGAUUGGCGAUCAAACAGCUGGCAAGUCCGCAACAGCAGCAGCUUCACCUAAGUUUGCGCUGGAGAAGAGUCGCGAACUGCAUGGCGAGCCGGAUGGCAGCGCCGAUCCGGACAAUAGUCUGGAGCGAAAGGAUCAGCAACAAACUGCAACUGUGGAGGCAGCUACUCAACAGCUGCCCGCCUUGCCAAAAUCUCCGCCACCCAUGAAAAUCGAUGCACGACCCUCAUUCUUGCAUGGACUGAGCAAGCAAAGCACUACGCCCCUGCUCCUCAAGAAGCCGGAGCUGCCCGCCAAGCCGAUCGUGGCCAGCAGCAACAUGGCCAGCAACAACAAUACUCCGCUGAAAACAUUCAUGGCUAAGCGUCAGCCGACGAGUGCCGAACAGCAAUUCAUCAGCCAGCUGCAAACGGCUAUUUCCAAAUCGAGCGAGAAUCUGCUGGCGGCUCAUACAGCCACUUCUGAGUCAGCCAAAGACGAUGCCAAGCUAAAGAAGGGCAAGGCGCCGAAUCCACCGCCAGAGACCAAAUUAAGCGCGCCGCCUACACCAGAGCGCGACUACAGCUUAGUAGUUGAGUUUGAGCAAGCAUGCGAGAAACAGCAGCAGCAGCAGCAGCAGACGACAACAGUACCAGCAACAGCAGCAACAUCAGUGCCAGCAGCAAGUGAGGCAGCUGGGGAAGCCAAGCAGGCAACAUCCGUAGCCUCCAGCAGGGAGAAAGAGGCGACUGUUACUGCCACUUCGACAGCAACAGCAGCAACAUUUACGGCCACUGCAACAACUACUUCCUGUAUGAGCAAUCACUACACACGCAAGCCGCCCGCAGGCAACAGCAGCAGCGGCUUCAGCAGCAGCAGCAGCAACAGCAACAACAGCAGUAGCAUUAGUGGCAAUGCCACCUCUCCCGUCAUACGCGAAAAGGACAAACGCGAGAGGGCCGUCAUCAAUCCCAAGUUUCGCAGCCUCAACACUUUUGUCAUGCAACGCGCCAAUGCCGCCAAGCAACUUCAGAUGCAAUCGGCCAGCUCGGUGGUGAAUCUCAAGCAGCCAUUGACGCCGGAGCCCACGCCACGCAAUCAGCGCAACCUAUCCAUGUCCGAGGAGUGCCUGGCAGCUGCUGGCCUCGUCGAUGGUGCCAAGAAGUCGCCCGUCACUGCCUCGCCGCCGCAGAAACAAAAAUCCAAAUUCUCCAUCAAGAAAUUCCUGCGCAUGGGCAGUAACAGUGGCAGCAACAAAGCCACCGACCAGCUCCACAAAAAGGACACGGUCUACACAGAGAUCUGUACGGGUGAUGAUGUCGGUGUGACGGGCAAGCCGCGUCUGGUAAUCAUACAUCCCAUUGACAUUAAUCCCACGGCCGUCGAAGUGGUCAAGGACAUAACGAAGACAAGCGAUCCGGUGGCGAGUCAAACGGUGGCUGUACUCACGGCCAAGCCGCCAGCACCGCCUUUGCGUGCCGGCGAGGGUCAAAGGGCGCAUGAGGCCAACAAGCCGGCACGUCCACCGCCGCCCAAAAGCGCAGAGCUGCGACGCAAGCAGAAACACGAGCUGACCGCCACACUAAGUGCCAGCAGUGUGGAGUCCACGGGUCCCAUCCUAGGCACCGGCUCUCUCAAAUGCAAGACAGACAAUGUGUAUGCCAAUCUGGGCGAAAUACGCUCGGCAAUAGCGCCUCGCAAGCCGGAGCGCACGGCCAGCAUGCGGGAGCGGGAGGCACAGCUGGAAUUGGUGCGCAAGCGCGGCAUACUGACCGAUACUAUCUCCAUUUGCUCGUCAAACGGUGACAAUGUAACGGCUGAGCAGCAACAACAACAACAAUUGAAGGCAGCUAAAUCGAACAACAACAACAGCAAUACUUUGAGUCCAAAGCUGGACAACAAACCAGCCAUGGCUAUAACCAACAGUCGCACCAGCACCUUCGAUCGCCAGCAAAAGAAGACUGAGCCCAAAAUGUCCAUAUCCAGCAAGCUGGAGAUCUUCGAGCAACGCGCUCAGAGCAACAACAACAACAUCAAUAGCAACAGCAACAUCAGCAACAACAACAACGUCACAGAUGCCACAGAUGGAGCUCAGCGGAGCAGUCUGAAGGACUCGGUGCGCAAGAUAAGCAGCACCAUCGAUAGCUACCUGAAGGACAAACGCGACUAUGAGAACAUGUACGAGUUUGUGAAGACCUCCUCGACGCCGCCACCGCCGCCGGUGCGUACCAACAUCGAUCUGGCCGCCAUGGCCGGCCAGCGACUGACGCAAGUGGCGGCCCGCCGCAAUAACAUCUACUCGGACACGGCCUCCAUUGCCAGUUACACGCGCAGCGAAUACGGACCGGUGCGCAGCUAUGGGUUGCACAACAGUUUGGCCAACAUUCCACGCGUCAUCUCGGCCUCGUAUGCGGGCAGCGAGGUGGGCGAGUUCGACAUCUAUGCGCCGUAUAGUUACUACGGCAGCGAAGCCGGCGGAGAUGUGGCCACGGACAUCAACGAUAGCGUCUGGGGCAUGCCAACGGCCAACAAGAAUCGCAGCAAGGCCACGAAUCGUUUGCGCAUGCGCAAGGGACGCAGUGUCGUGCACAAAACCAUCGAAGACAACUAUACGGCCGUGGUGGUGGCCAAUCAUGAGGCGCUUGCGCAAGUGCUCGAUCAGCUACAACAAACGCCUGUCGUGCCGGCAGCGCUGCGUCCUCUGGCCAAUGCCAUUAACUUACGCUACGAGGACUUUACCAUCUUGGAGGGGGCACAGGCUUUUGUGGUGGGCAAGAAGGCCUUCCAUGCGGCACUGUGGACCACAGCGCCCGUGACGCUGGCACUCUCCGCCGAUUGCAAUCAGCUGGCUGGCGUGGGUGGAGAGCUGAGCCAAUUGACGGGCGGAGUUUCGGAUGUGUUGAACCCCAUUACGGAGUUCUGCGAUCUGGUGCCCAGCUACCAACUGCCAUUGAUGCCCUCGACGGAGGUUACUUUGCUGCAGGCCACCAUUUCGGUGCUGCCACGCCUGCAGCUGGAGACGCUGCAAUCGAUUGGCGGCAUUCUGAAGGGCAAGUCGCAAGUGCUCGAUAAGAGCAACUUCAAUUUCCGCGGCUCCAUACCCAAUCUGAGCGGUCUGAAGGACUCAGUCGGCGGCAACGCCCUGCGCAAUGUCGUCUCUGUGCAGAAUCUGAGCACCUUGAACGAGGAGGCGCAGUCGUUGAAUGGCGCUAGCUUGGCUGCUGGCGAGGACAAUGCAUCGAAUGCCAUGCCCGCCUUCGACGAUGUCAUGACGCGCGAGGUGGCCUUCAUAAUGCUGCAGCUGGUCAAUGGCAUGAAGAACCUGCAGGCCAAGGCCAUUGAGGAGACACCACUCAGUCUGUCCAAUGUGGUGCUCUCCAAGGAUAUGGAGAACAAGGAUGCACAGGCACGUCUCUGCGUGCUGCAAGGCAACCACAACGAUGAUGACGAGCCCAUGGGAACGCUUUGCAAAUGCGCCCACGCUGCGCUCACGGAAAUGCUGCCCACGACCAAGAUCACACCCAUUUUGGCCGACAUUCUGGAACAGGAGCGCGCCGAGUCGCUCUCCAAGGCCAAGUCCGUGCUGGAGUUCGUGCUCUGGGGUCCCUCGGAUGUGGCACUGACGGGCUCAACAAAGGAACGCGAACUGGCGCUCCAGCGUUGGCUAGAUCUGGAACGUGCCACAGUGUUGCAUGGCCUCGUACGCACGCGUGUCGAGCUGACCGUCUACGACGAAUGCCACUUGAUGUUCUUGGUUCGCUCCACGGCCAAAAUGAUGAACGACGCGGCCAAAAUUGUGUGCAGCUAUCAGCAGAAGCAGCAGUCGCUGACGGAGUAAGCUGCCGGAGUGUUGUGGGUCUAGUAAACAUAUUUAUUAUAUGGAAAUAUCUUAGUCCUCCUUACUACAAUUAGUUCUAUAUACAGAUUACUUAUAGUAGAAUGUGCCUGCCCCAAGGCACAAUACACAUAGAUACGCACAUAUACGCAGCAUUUUACAUACAUACACAUAUUAUCUUAUUGAUAUAUGCCCAAUACACAUAUAUACCAUAUGAACGAUAUGAUUAUGAUUAUGUUUAUCCCUAAAAUUGUACACUUUUUGCCUAUCGUGCCAAAUUUCUUCGAAUUCGCCGCAUUUGUAUUUGCGUUCAAAAUUUUGCGCGCGCCUCCCUAUCACUAUUUUCUAAACAAAAUCUGCAACAUCUUGCAAGCAAAGAUGUGAGCAAUUAUGCGAAUAUAUUAUAUAUAAACAUACUCGUCACUUUCACGGCCGAUAAAUGUAAGUUCGAAACUAUGAUUCGGUUUGUAAAGCAAAAACGUUGGUGUUUGAACAAAUAAUAUACAAAUAUUUAAAUAACACAGAUGUACACAUGCCUAAAUACCUAUUAUAAUCAAGCAUCUAAAUCGAAAACGAUCAAUAAAAUAUAUGCGAAAGUCCAAA